AUGACCACAACGGAAGCACCCUGUUACACGGUCGUCUUUGAGGACAGCUCAGAGUCGCCUUCGACCCAGGAUCUCCGCUCAGCGUUGCAGAAGGGUCCGACGAGGUCAAUCUCUACGAUCAAUGGGAAUUCUCAGCCCCAACUGCUCAUGCCCCAACUCAAGAAGCUGCUGCACUUCUAUUGGGAGGUCUGUCCGAAGUAUGACGAGACCGGGAAACUGAAGCAGGAGAUGAUCUUGGUGGUCAACGCUAUCCGGAACGACCUACAACAUCCCAACGAGUAUAUUCGCGGCGCGACCCUCCGCUUCCUCCAGAAGAUUACGAAAGACGUCGAGCUCCUCGAGCCGCUCAUCCCCACCUGCCGUUCAUGUCUCGAACACCGACACUCCUACGUCCGCAAGAACGCUGUCUUCGCCGUGUACGCUGUGUACCGCGUGCACGAAAACCUAAUUCCCGACGCGCCAGAGCUCCUCCAAACCUUCCUGGCAGCCGAGUCCGAUGCGACCUGCAAACGGAACGCGUUUGUAUUCCUCGCGAACUGCGCCAUGCCCAAGGCUGUCGAGUACAUCCUGCAGGACUGUAAGACGGACACACGGCACAGGCUACUCAACGCGUCAUCACAUGCUGUGAAGUAUGAGGCCGCCACGACCUUGACGUCUCUCACACAAAACCCAGCGGCCGUCAAAGCCGCGGCGUCAUGUUAUGUCCAGCUUGUUCAGAAGGAAUCCGAUAACAACGCGAAACUCAUCGUGCUGGACCGCCUGGAAACUCUGCGCUCGAGGCACGGACACGUCCUGGAUCCUCUCGUCAUGGACAUCCUACAGAUUUUGUCGAGUGCAGACUUGGAGGUCCGUCGGAAGGCGAUCAGCAUUGUGCUCAGCAUGUCCACAAGCCGCAACGUCGAAGAGAUCGUUCUGUUCUUCAAGAAUCAACUUCAGAGGACACAAGAGCAGGAUCUUGACAAGGCUCCUGAGUACAGGCAACUCCUGAUCCAGUCUAUCCAUGUCUGCGCUGUCAAGUUCUCCGAAGUCGCCGCCAGCGUGGUGCACGCGUUGAUGGACUUCCUCGGCGACUCGAACAACCCAUCAGCCCUUGAUGUCGUGGCUUCAGAGGUCGUCGAGAAGUUCCCGCCACUCCGUCGGACCAUCUGCGAGAAGCUCACACAGACACUCGGGCAGAUCAAGUCCGGUAAGGUGUACCGCGGCGUGCUCUGGAUCCUCGGCGAGUACGCCGAAAACGUCGUCGAGAUCCAGCACAUUUUCCGCGAGCUGCGCAAGGUGCUCGGUGAGAUCCCCAUCCUCGCGUCCGAGCAGCGCCUGCUGGAAGAGUCAGGUGCGGAGGACGGGGAGGCACAGAAGGAGGAGCCGCAGCAGAAGGUGGAGGGCGGAGGGAAGCCGAAGGUCCUUGCGGACGGCACGUACGCGACGGAGACCGCGUUCACGAGCAUGUCGACUGCACGGUUAGAGGCUGUGAAAGCUGCGUCGAAGCCCCCUUUGAGGACCCUUAUUCUCGGUGGCGACUUCUUCACUGGCUCGGUGCUCGCGUCUGCGUUGACCAAACUAGUCCUACGAUACACGGAGGUGGGAAUGAUCAGCGCAAGGCAAACGCUCUCAAGGCAGAGGUUCGCAAUGUUGAUCAUGGCCUCUGUCAUCCGUGUCGGACAGUCGAAGUUCGUCAACGUCCCGAUCGACGAGGACUCGAGCGAGCGCAUCAUGAGCUGUAUCCAGACACUGAGUGAGCUCGAGGAGAAGCCAGUCGUGCACGACAUCUUCCUCAAGGAUACGAGAAGUGCAUACGCCAAGAUGUUGUCUGCCCAAGAAAAAAAAGCGGCGGAGAAGCGCGAACAGGAGAGUGCGCAGGAGAAGAUCGUCCAGGUCGAUGAUCUCCUCACAUUCCGUCAAUUUACGAGGAAGGCUGUGGACAAUGUGAUCGACGACGCCGAGGAUGUCGUUCGUGCGACCGGAUCCGCCGAGGUGCACGAAGACUUCAUCUCCAAUCUCAGCCGGAUAUCCCAGCUCACUGGCUUCUCCGAUCCCAUUUACGCUGAGGCAUACGUCAAAGUGCACGGGUUCGACAUCUCAUUAGAUGUACUCCUGGUCAACCAGACCGCCGACACGCUACAAAACCUCUGUCUGGAUUUCGCAACCUUGGGCGACCUGAAGCUGGUCGAGCGGCCAUCUGUGUAUACCAUUGCUCCUCACAGUUUCCAGAGCAUCAAGGCGACGAUCAAGGUGUCGUCAACGGAAACUGGUGUCAUCUUCGGCAGCAUCCUCUGGGAGGGUCCUGGCAUGUCAGAACAAUGCGUCAUCUUGAACGACAUCCAUAUCGAUAUCAUGGACUACAUCAAGCCCGCGUACUGCACAGAGGCGCAGUUCCGUAGCAUGUGGACUGAGUUCGAGUGGGAGAACAGGGUCAACGUCACGACGUCGAUCUCGUACGUCACGUCUCACAUUGGGGCUGAACAAUACCUGCACCAUGUCAUGAAAUCGACCAACAUGUCGUGUCUCACGCCAGAGGGAGCGGUCUCAGGUGACUGCGACUUCUUGUCGGCGAACAUGUACGCGCGGAGUCUAUUUGGCGAGGACGCGCUGGCGAACCUGAGUGUGGAGCGGACAGAAGCAGGCACUAUCACCGGCCACGUCCGGAUACGUAGCAAAACGCAGGGUAUCGCGCUGUCUUUGGGAGACCGGAUCACGAUGGCUCAGAAGGAAAACAAGCCUCCAGCGUAGGCCGACUCCCGUACUGAUGUCGGUGACCUCGUGUAUUUAUCGGCUGGUAGAUAAUUGGACAUUUCGCUGUGCACGCACGGACGUUGAAGUACUCGAGUGAGCAGGAACGAGGCACGAGCGAGGAUGCGCUCCGGCGGGAACGGGAAGAAGCGCGUGCUCGGAGACAGAAAAAUGCAGCGCGAGAUCGAAUCGUGGCGGGGUAAGGAAGGCGCUAAGAUAUGAGCGGGACAUGGCGCGGGGAUCAUGCUGCUCGAGGCACAGCUAUCGACCUGCCUGUGGUUAUAGGCCCAUGUCCUCCCACCGCUAGCCAUUAAGCCCUGCUUCAGUCCGCCUCCACCAUGUCGGUCCG